AUGUUGGAACUCCGUCUCGUGCAAGGUUCCCUUUUCAAGAAGGUUCUCGAUGGCAUCAAGGAUCUCGUCAAUGACGCCAACUUCGAUUGCUCUUCCACCGGCUUCUCCCUUCAGGCCAUGGACUCCAGCCACGUGGCACUCGUUGCCUUGCUUCUCCGAUCGGAGGGCUUCGAGCACUACCGCUGCGACCGCAACAUCUCUAUGGGCAUGAACCUCAGCAACAUGGCUAAGAUGUUCAAGUGCGCUGGCAACGACGAUAUCAUCACUAUAAAAGCUGACGACGGCGGAGAUACUGUCACUUUCAUGUUUGAAAGCCCUACUCAAGAUAAGAUUUCUGAUUUUGAAAUGAAGCUGAUGAGUAUUGAUAGUGAGCAUCUUGGGAUUCCGGAGGCAGAGUAUCAUGCUAUUGUUAAGAUGCCAUCGUCUGAGUUUGCUAGGAUUUGCAGGGAUCUCAGUACCAUUGGUGACACUGUUGUUAUUUCUGUGAGUAAAGAGGGUGUCAAGUUUACUACGAAAGGAGAUAUUGGAAUUGCAAAUAUAGUUUGCAGGCAGAAUACUUCUGUGGACAAGCCUGAGGAAGCUACAGUGAUUGAGAUGAAUGAGCCUGUGUCCUUGACGUUUGCACUGCGAUACAUGAACUCUUUCACCAAGGCAACACCAUUGUCUAAUAUAGUUACAAUUAGUCUGUCAAAUGAGCUUCCGGUAGUGGUUGAGUACAAAAUUGCUGAGAUGGGUUAUGUUCGGUUCUAUUUGGCUCCGAAGAUAGAAGAGGAUGAAGAAGAAACAAAACCUGAAGUUUAAUCUGUUAUUGAAUGGAUUGAGAUGUUAGGACUAGAAUUUUAACGCGGUUGUACUGUUAGGAUGCUGUUAUACUUUUUGUUUGAAGACAUUUUAUCUGUGUUCAAAAGAUUUGGCAAUUAAUGAAUUCCAUAGAUAUAUUGGUUCUUCACCACCUUGUUUUCUCUCGAUUUUAUCGGUAAUUAGUACAGUG